AUGACGACGAAUAACCAAUCGAUGGCAAUGUAUUCCUCUGCUACUCAGCAACAGGAUACAAAUGGCCAACAACAACAAGAUGGUAAAAACGGUGCAAAUUAUAAUACAAACCGAUUAAACGCUAGACAACAGAUGAAUAUUGGAGUUUUAAAGAGAAAAGAUAAAUUUAUUACGACAAUACACUCGACCUUUGAUCAUGUAGUAUUUUACAAGUUUCAAGAUGAUUCAUGGGAUAAAUUGGAAGUAGAAGGAGCCAUGUUUAUUGUAGAGAGAAACGAACCAAAAUUUCCCAAGUAUCGUAUUGUAGUGAUGAAUAGAAAGAGUAGUGAUGAUUUUCGUCAAGAUAUUACAAAGGAUUUAGAAUUGGAAGUCCAUCACCCAUAUGUAUUCUAUAGAACCAAAGGUCGUAUUAUCAAGGGAAUUUGGUUCUACAAAUCUUUGCAAUGUAUUGAAUUUAAUGACCUCAUCGUUUCGUUGAAAGAAAAGGCCUAUGGAAAGACGGAACCAGAAAGCAAACAAUCAAAUACUUUUGUACAACCACCAACUACUUUGCAACCAUCUCCUCUAAUUAAUUACCAUCCAAACCAUGCUGAUUCAAUUUAUCAUCCAUCAUCACAAUCCCAUCAAAUUAAUCAUCAUCAAAACGAUUCACAACCAUCAUCAGAUGCUUCAUCUUUACUUAAGAAUAUGCUAGGAAUUGGAGGUGUAACAGGAUUACCACCAGUUGAAAAUGGUUCCUUUAAUCCAUCAUCUGCAAUGGACGGAAAUAAUUAUCUAGAUGAAGAAUCACUUAUCAGAGAACACUUUUUCAACUCUAGUGCCAAUCAACAAGUUUCUACUGUGGUUGAACCAGAAUAUUCAUCUGUGUUAUCUCAAGAGUGUGUUCAACAAUUCGGAAAGAGGAAGUUUGUCACUAAGGAAAUGUUCAUCAAUCAGCUCAUGUUCACACUAGAAUCUAACAAGGACUUUUCCGAUGCUUGCUACAAUCAAUAUUGCCAAUUUCUAGCUGAUGAAAAUAAACAAUCAGGAAAUAGGUGCUAGAUAUAUAGG